CUCUCUCCCACUCCCUCUCUCUCACACUGCCUUUCUUGAAUUGACAUUGGUCGGGGUCGAACAUGACUACAGAGGAGAGUUCCUUGGCUGCUGCACGUUUCACGGACCAUCUUCAAAUCCUACAGAUCACUUGAAACUUAAAAAGCAGGCAAGAAAAGCUAAAAGGACCGCGAAUAUCUAACGGGAGUAACACGGAUUCUUCUUUUUUUGUGCACACUCUCUCGAGCAACCCCGUGUGCUUUUCGUGCUCUCCGUCGCAUAGUAGCCGCUGGUGAACUAUUAGCGUCCUAGUACAGUUAAAGCAACAUGUAUGUGCACGCUAUGAUCCACCUUGGAUUGGUCGCUUUCUGCUGGCUCUCUUGUGCUCGAGCUUCAGGAAGUAAAACCUCUCAAGAUGUAGAUGAGUGUGCGGAGGCGCUGGACAACUGCAGCAUCGACGCCAUCUGCCAGAACACCCUCAAGUCAUACAAAUGUAUCUGCAAGUCAGGAUACAAGGGCGACGGCAAGCACUGUGAAGAUUUAGAUGAAUGUGCCACAGAGUACAACGGAGGCUGUGUCCAUGACUGCAUCAACAUCCCGGGGAACUACAGAUGUACGUGUUAUGACGGCUUCCGUCUGGCCCACGACGGACACAACUGCCUAGAUGUGGACGAGUGUGCGGAGGGCAACGGGGGAUGCCAGCAGAUCUGCGUCAACAUGAUGGGCAGCUACGAGUGCCGCUGCCGGGAGGGAUUCUUCCUGAGCGACAACCAGCACACCUGCAUCCAGAGGCCCAAAGCACGGCCUGAUGGUAGCCCAAAGGAGGGCCCCACCUGCAUGGACAAGAACCACGGCUGUGCGCACAUCUGCCGCGAGUCCCAGAAGGGAGGCAUCUCCUGCGAGUGCCGGCCCGGGUUCCAGCUCACCCGCAACAUGAAGGACUGCAAAUUGACCUGUAACUAUGGCAACGGGGGCUGCCAGCACAUCUGUGAGGAGACGGACCACGGCCCCCGCUGCUCAUGCCACAUGAAGUUCGUCCUGCACCUCGACGGAAAGACUUGUGUAGGGGAGAGGAGCGUCCAAUCCAUGGCAGCCCCACAGCUGUUCCCCAAUGAGACGUGUGCAGUGAACAAUGGCGGCUGUGAUAGCACGUGUCACGACGCCGUGGCCGGGGUCCGCUGCAGCUGUCCGGUGGGAUUCACCCUGCAGCCCGACCGCAAGAGCUGCAAAGACAACGACGAGUGCCGGCUCAACAACGGCGGCUGCGACCACGUGUGUCGCAACACGGUGGGCAGCUUCGAGUGCAGCUGCAAGAAGGGCUACAAGCUGCUGACCAACGAGAGGACCUGUCAAGACAUUGACGAAUGUUCUUUUGACAGAGCCUGCGACCAUUCCUGUGUCAACUCUGCAGGCAGCUUCCAGUGCCUGUGUCAUAAAGGCCACGUCCUCUACGGCCUGGCCCACUGCGGAGAUAUUGACGAGUGCAGUAUAAAUCGAGGGGGCUGCAAGUUCGGCUGCGUCAACACGCUUGGCGGCUACGAGUGUACCUGUCCGCCAGGAUUCAAGCUGCACUGGAACAGGAAAGACUGCAUUGAGCUGGUGAAAUGUCCCGCGGGUCUCCUGGCUCCGAAGGCGACACUGACCUGUAGCAAGGCGGGCAGGAAGGAGAGCUGUUCUCUCACCUGUUCCUCUAAGGCGCAUUACCUAUCAGAGUCAGACAGCAGCUACUCAGUAAGUUGUGGCAUCCCCAUCGUCAGAGGAAAGUCUUCUUCCAGGCUCAAUGCCAGCAACAGUCAGAGCUGCAUAGAGACUCUGGCGCCGCCGGUGAAGCAGACGGCGUCCUUCAAGAUCAAGGACGCCAAGUGUCACCUCCACCCCAAGCUGACAGGCCGCACGGAGGACCGGGGCCGCACCCAGGGGCCCGGUGGUGGGCAGCCCUGCAGCAACUGUCUGGUGACCUUCGUCAACCUCAAGUGCGACUCGUCCAAGAAGACCAAGGGGCGUCGCGCCCGCAACCCCUCCAACAAGGAGGUGACCCGCAUCACCCUGGAGCUGGAGGCCGAGGUCAAGGCCGGGGACACCACAGGGAGCUGCAACCUGAGCUGCCUGCGGCAGCGCAUGGAGAAGCAGGUGAAGACAUACAUCAAGGCCCUGAAGAAGUCCAUCAACCAGGAGCGCUUCCUGAUCCGCGUGGCGGGGCUGGAGUACGAGGUGGCCCAGAAGCUGCCCCAGGCCGCCACCAGCCUGGAGAAUUGCGGGCCGGGCCGCGAGAGGGACAACGGGCGCUGUGUCAGGUGCAUGUCCGGCUCCUACUACCAGGGCGAGCAGGAGCGCUGCGUCCAGUGCCCGCCCGGGACCUUCCAGGAAAGGGAGGGCCAGCUGGCCUGUGACCUCUGCCCCGGGAGUGACGGCCACGGGCCAACCGGAGCCCGCAACAUCUCCUCCUGCGCAGGCCAGUGUCCCACGGGGUCCUUCUCCAGCGAUGGCUUCAAGCCCUGCCAGCCGUGUCCCUUGGGCAUGUACCAGCCGGACCUGGGCCGCACGCUGUGCUUCCCCUGCGGAGGGGGCCUGGGCACCAAGAGGGAGGGCGCCAGCUCCUUCCACGACUGUGAGGUCAAAGUCCAGUGCUCCCCCGGCCACUACUACAACACCACCGUGCACCGCUGCAUCCGCUGCCCGCAGGGGACCUACCAGACGGAGUUCAGGCAGAACUACUGCAUCUCCUGCCCCGGCAACACCACCACGGACUUUGACGGAGCCACCAGCGUCUCGCAGUGCAAGAACAGAGAAUGCGGUGGAGAGAUGGGUGACUUCACAGGCUACAUCGAGUCCCCCAACUACCCGGGGAACUACCCGGCCAACGUGGAGUGUGUGUGGAACAUCAACCCCCCCAGCAAGAGGAAGAUCCUCAUCGUGGUGCCCGAGAUCUUCCUGCCCUCCGAGGAUGAAUGCGGAGACGUGCUGGUCAUGAGGAAGAACUGGUCGGCCACGUCCAUCACCACCUACGAGACGUGCCAGACGUACGAGCGGCCCAUCGCCUUCACCGCCCGCUCCCGCCGGCUCUGGAUCAGCUUCAAGUCCAACGAGGCCAACAGCGCGCGGGGCUUCCAGAUCCCCUACGUCACCUACGACGAGGACUAUGAGCAGCUGGUGGAGGACAUCGUGAGGGACGGGAGGCUCUACGCCUCGGAGAACCACCAGGAGAUCCUCAAGGAUAAAAAGCUGAUUAAGACUCUUUUCGACGUGCUGGCUCACCCCAACAACUACUUCAAGUACACCCCCCGGGAGUCCAACGAGAUGCUGCCUCGCUCCUUCAUCCGCCUCAUCAGCAGCAAAGUCUCCGCCUUCCUGCGACCAUACAACUGACAACCCCUGCCCCCCCUCCAACCUCUUCCUCCCCCCACCCCCCCCUGACCUCUUCAUCCCCUCACCCCCCAAACCCGCAGGACUUCCAACUCAAACCAUCAUAACCAUGGUAUGCUUAUCUUCCUCCUCCCUGACAUUCGUCAACAACCACAACAACAACAACAACAAGGUUGUGGUUCACUGCCCACAGACGGCUCCAAUGGGGACCUCCAGCCAUGGUUGAGGUCUCCGCUGUGAGUGUGUGGAUGACUGAGCUGAGCAGAUGUUUUUGUGAUGAGGAUGUAUGUGUGUGUGUUUUUUUUUGUUGCCGCCCUGUGGGUUGAAACUACCGAAAAAGGAAAAGACAAACUUUGGCUCCAAGACGGAGUCAAAGGCAACCACCAAAUUACGAUUAUAUCUGUUUCAGUAAUGUGGUAACGUUAGAGGCUUGGUGUGUGUGUGUGUGUGGUUUGUGCGUGUGUAUGUGUGUGUGUAUGUGUGUGUUUGUGUGUGUGUGUAUGUCUGUUGAUGUCCGCGGUUAGUAAUCACAUCCGCAAUCUAUGUUUAUCUGUUGCUAAAACAAGCAGGAUCAGUCGCUAUUCCCCAUGUCCGUUAAGCUCAGCCCUGUUCUGUUGGAGCUCAUGGAGCACUUCUCCAGUUUUGCUGUUAAAACAGUCAUUUAUUUCUGCCCAGAAGGUCCGUCAAGACACACUAUCCGCCCCCCCCUAGAUCCUUCUCCAUAGAUUAUAGAGAUUAUAGGUUCAACAGAAGGGAGAUGAGAACAUUAAAUGCAACACAGUUUCUCUACACAGAAAAAAAUCCAUUUCCUUUUUUGUUCUUUCACAUUUCUUUUUCAUUUCAAUCUUGUAAAUAGUGAAAAUACAUAGACGAGGGUUGAAUCUUUCUUUUAAUCCUAAUUUGCAUCAAGCAUGAUCCCUCCCCCCCCCCCCCCCCCCUGAAAAAACUCUGUCAGCCCCUCUCUUAGCCCCAUCUGAAAUCCUUUUAAUAAAACACUCCCGUUUGCUUUUACUGCAAUUUUUAAUCAGAAUAAAUAAAGCUCUUCCAAAGAAUGGCAGGGGCAGACCAUGUUACAUUCCUGAUGAACAUGAACACUCCUUAAACUAGGCUAUACACCCCAACAUAACUACAUUGCAUGUGAAAUGUGCUUUGGCUGUCAGCGAAUGUAAUUUAGAGUUCUCCCCUUGCUUAGCGUUUUCUACGCAUCAGUCACUGUGGGCAGAGAUUGGAAAAUGAGGAUUUUUUAUAUAUAUAGUGUUACUUAUCUCUUGAAAGAGAAAGUGUCAAGACAGUGUAUUAGAAAUGUAACAUUCCUGAUUCCUGAUGUUUAGAACGUAUUUUGUUUUAAUGUCAAAACCGCGAACAAAACAGGGUAAAAUUGAUGUGCUCGGAAUCCAAAACACUUGAUUUGGGUCUUAGGAAGCUUUCCAGAUAGAUCUGGGCACCAGUGCAAUCAAAUUGUUACUGACAAUUGCAUUGUCACUGACCAAACGACAAUGAUAAAAUAGAAUAAAAACUAUUCUGGAAACUCAACCCCCUAAAUAAAAAUAAAAGAAUAACGAAUUCCUUCCCACCGUUUGCCAUUGAAUAAAUUUCAGCAAGAUGAUACUGGUUUUGUACUUGCUUUGUAAAUAUAAAAAAAAAGUAAUGAUAGUGUAUAGUGUCUCAUACACAAAGGUUUUAGUUGUAGGUAUCUGAACAUCAGGAUGACACAAAGGGAUUGUGACCACAUUGUCAAACACCAGGGGGGGCAAUGUGGAGCUGUGCAGAUCUCCAGUCAUAAGGAAAGUGGAAAUAUUGAUUUAAUUUCACCAUGUGCUCGCCCAGUUGGGCAUUGAUCCCAGCUCAUUGGCAAUCAAUCAAGUAUGUUAUGUGUGGCUCUGGAGUCAAAUACGUUUCCAUCCUUCUAUAGUCGUCCCUCCAUUCCAUUUGUCCUGCAACCUGAUCUUUUUGUCGCCUUUUAGCAAGAGUUUGCUAUGAUGUAUCAUAGAGUUGAUAUUUGCACUUGAAUUGUUAUUGCUCAUGUAAAGAAAUGUCUGGAUUUGUAUUGUCUUUUUAAAUGAAUGAAAUUUGUGUCGUUUUUUUCCAUAGCUCCUUUUGUUCAUAAAAUACUCUCACUCACCAUUUAGUCAGUAGAAAUGAAACACGUAACCUUAUCCAUUGUAAGAGAAAAUAACUGUACAGAGGUUAAUGCAACUGGAAUGUGUACUUGUUACUGUCCAAAACACCAAAAUAAACAAACUGUACUUCAUCUUAA